GAUGGUGGAGGACUGCACAAGGUAGCGGCGGCGAUGUGGGGGUGACCGUCAGCGCGCGUUCCAGGACCGUGAGAGCGGAGGGCCCCCGGGCCAGGUGGACGUCAGUCGGGAUGGAAGCAGAAGGCUUGGAUUGGCUUUUGGUCCCCUUGCACCAGCUGGUGUCCUGGGGGGCAGCCGGGGCCAUGGUCUUCGGAGGGGUCGUGCCCUAUAUCCCACAGUACAGGGACAUCCGGAGGACUCAGAAUGCUGAGGGCUUCUCUACCUACGUGUGUCUGGUGCUCCUGGUGGCUAACAUUUUACGGAUCCUUUUCUGGUUUGGAAGGCAUUUUGAGUCGCCGCUCCUCUGGCAAAGCAUAGUCAUGAUCUUGACCAUGUUACUGAUGUUGAAACUCUGCACCGAAGUCCGCGUGACAAAUGAGCUGAACGUAAAACGCCGUUUCUUUGCAGCUGCGGAUACCCAGGAUGAAGCAAUCAAGCCCCCGCCCCGGCGGUCAUAUCUGGACUUUGACCCUCGCCACUUCUGGCACUGGAGCAGCUUCGGGGACUACGUGCAGUGUGUCGUGGCCUUCACGGGCGUGGCGGGCUACAUCACGUACCUGUCCAUCGACUCGGCCCUGUUUGUGGAGACCCUGGGCUUCCUGGCCGUGCUGACCGAGGCCAUGCUGGGUGUCCCGCAGCUCUACCGCAACUAUCGCCACCAGUCCACUGAGGGAAUGAGCAUCAAGAUGGUGUUCAUGUGGACCAGCGGGGACGCCUUCAAGACCGCCUACUUCCUGCUGAACGGCGCGCCCCUGCAGUUCUCCGUGUGUGGCCUGUUGCAGGUGCUGGUGGACCUGGCCAUCCUGGGACAGGCCUACGCGUUCGCCCGCCACCCCCCGAAGCCCGCCCCCCACGCGGCGCACCCCGCCAGUGCCAAGGCCCUCUGAGGCAGCCGGGGAGGAGGACAAGGACGCGUGGCGGUCUCCAGCCGCAGGCGCCGCCCGGCCGCCCGGCCUCCCCGUCGGGGCGGGCAGGCACCGUGGCCCCAGAGGGGUCUCGGCCGUCGGGAUCUCUGUCAUCAGCUCUGUGGGUCUGGG